AUGCCACCGUUCGGGGCCAACAAAACAAUUUUGGACUCUUUCUUGACGGAGAUCGUCUCAAGCAUUAGGAGCAAAAAUGGUCAGCGCAUCGCAGAAUUAAUCCAGCUCGACUUCGACAGUCUGCCACCUGAGCGACAGAAGCCAUACGCUGAACUCAAUGCGGAACUCAAUGCUCAAUAUCCGGCGUCGUCCAACGACUCACAGCUCGUUACACGGUGCAAGGCCGUGCUUUCGCAAGAUGAAUUUGGGUCUUUCAGCCCACCUUUCUCAGACAGUAUCGUGCAUUACUUUCGUUACUUGAGAGAUUUCACUACCGCCGAUAAUCGCGCGAAAGCGUCAAAGAUCAGGCAGUUGACGAGCCAAUGCGUGACCGCCCUCGGCGACUCAAAAUAUGGAGUGAUCAUGAUUCCCAUCGUGCUCUCCUUCUCACGAGUCCUCGCUGCGGUCGCGACCAACCUCGACCGAAGUCAGCAUGAGCAAUCCAGCCAGAAUCAGACGACGACCAGCGCCGACACACCCGGCACGAGGUUCAGUUUUGUCGAAGACGCCGCGAACGUCCUCCGCGACGCUUUCAUCAAAUGCCUCGCAGGGUCUCCUGGGGUCCCAAGAACUUCCCGACCAGCACCCCCGGACGACAAACGGCUCGGGAUAUACCUGACGGCCAACUCGUGCCUCAAACUCCUAACGCAGUGCCGCAAGCUCCGCAACGCCCAGCAGAUGUUCAGCAGCAUUGACGCGCAAUCGCCGCCUUUGGCUUUCUACCCGGCGGCACAACGUGUCACCUACCUAUACCACCUUGGCCGCUAUCAUUUCGCCAACAGCCACUUCGUCCGCGCUAUUGCCGCCCUCCAAGCGGCGUACGAGCAAUGUCACGCGCAGGCGCUCAAGCACCGUCGUGCAAUCCUCACCUACCUGAUUGCUGCGAACAUCUGCGUAGGGCGCUUCCCUUCGCGGCAAAACCUCCUCUCGCGACCAGAAGCGGUCGACCUAGCUCCCUAUUUCGUCCCACUAUGUCAAGCGAUCCGAAUUGGUGACCUCGGCGCGUUUCAACAGAUGCUGAGUCUGGAGAGCUCGACGGGCCAGUGGUUCCUCCGCCGAGCGAUCCUGCUACAACUUCAAGACCGCUGCGAGAUUCUGGUCUGGCGCAGUCUGAUCCGCCAGACGUUCCGGCAUGCGGGAUACCUGGGCGCGGAGGAGAGGAAGGUGCCGUUUCUGCGCCUGAACCUCGUCCAGCGGGCCGCGCGCUGGGCCGUGAUGAGGACAAAGUCGGCGAAUCCACAACGACCGCGGCCAAAGCCUUCUAGGUCCUUCAGCAAUACCGCCACCAACACCAGCAAUGCCCACCCUCAGAACGAUGACGACGACGACGAAACGUACAUGGACUCCGAACUCGCAGACCUCGACGCAGCCAUCGCCGAAACCGGCUUCGACAUGAGCACAGGCCAAUACAUAGACGACUGGUCUCUCAGCAACAAGUACCAACACGCAGCACCGCCGUCAGCAUCCGCAAUCCUCUCCUCAUCGUCGUCGUCGUCGUCGUCGCCACCAUCCACCUGGCCACACAUAUGGGAGAUCGAAUCGAUCGUGCUGAGUCUGAUCCAGCAACACCUGCUGCGCGGCUUCGCGACACACACGAACCCGCGCUUCGCCGUCCCGGGCGCCCAGAAGCUCGGCGGGCCCAUGAAAGCCGGCUUUCCGGGUGUGUGGCCCGUCAUCGCUGCGCGGAUGGGCGUCGAGGUCGCUGAAAAUCAGAGUACGACGAAUACGACGAGUUCUGCGGGCUCGGCUAGUGCUGCCGCUGCUGCGUUCGGCAGGAUCGUCGUGCCCGGCUGGGUGGAAGAGCGGAAUUUGCUUUCUGGUGCCGGCGGGAAUAACGUGGUGCGCAUUUUUGGUGCGAGGGCCGCGGGUUCCUAG